AUGGCUUUGGCCUUUGGAUAUGAUUAUGUUACUGAUAAUUAUAAAGUGGUUGCUGUUUUGGAGCCUAAUAUUAGUGGUGAUUUGGUUGAGAAAACUGAAGUGAAGGUUAAUAUUUUGAGUACCAAUUCUUGGAAAAAUAUACAAGAAUUCCCUUUUGAUAGUACACCUUGCGAUCCAGCAGGAUUAAUUGGUUGGCUUCUAAACAUUGGCAUGAAAGUCCAUGCUUUAUUGAUUGCUUAUGCGUUGGUUAUGUAUGGUCAUGAUAUUUGGAUUAUGAAGGAAUAUGGAAAUAAUGAAUCUUGGACUAAAUUGUUUAGUGUUCCAUAUAUGCGAUAUCGUAGGAAGUCGUAUAUCUCGACCAAGGCAAUCUAUAUGUUUGAGGAUGAUCGAGUGUUGCUUAAAUCUGAAAAACAAGAUGUGUAUCCCAAGUUGACAGUUUAUGAUCCAAGGAGUUAG